AACGCUUAUCAUCCAUCUAGAAGCUGCUGCUACAAGCGCAAUGUUAGGUUUGAAAGUACGGACACUCUUCUUCUCUCCACUCUCUUCUUCCCCCAAACCUCAUCUCAAGCCCUACUCGCUAUCCUCACCGUCCAAUUUCUGUAUCAGGAUGUCGUCGUCGUCAGCGUCGUCGCAGAUCAUCGAACACGUCGUCCUCUUCAAGGUCAAGGACGAGACGGAGCCGGCGAAGGUCGCCGGCAUGAUGUCCGGACUUAACGGCCUGACCUCUCUCGACCAGGUACUCCACCUCUCGGCCGGGCCCAUCCAUCGCAACCGAUCGUCGAUGUUCAAGUUCACUCACAUGCUUCACAGUCGCUACAGCUCCAAAGAAGAUCUGAGCGUCUACUCUGGGCAUCCAAGCCACAUGAGCGUGGUGAAAGAGUCGGUUUUGCCGAUCUGCGAGGACGUGAUGGCCGUCGAUUGGGUGGCUGAUAAUCUUUCCGGUCCGGUGGUGCCGCGGCCUGGGUCGGCGAUGAGAUUGACGUUCAUGAGGUUGAAUGAGGGUUUGGGAGAUGAGGAGAAGGAGAAGGUCUUGGGAGCGGUCGGGGAGAUUAAGGAUUGUCUUGGAUCGUUGGAUCAGAUGACUUAUGGUGAGAAUUUCUCGCCCGCGAGGGCCAAAGGGUUUUCGAUUGCGUCGAUCGCGAUCUUUCCGGGAUUGAACGAAUUAGAGGCCUUGGAUUCAAAUCCGGAAGUGGUGCAGUUGCAAAAGGAUAAGGUUAGGGACCUUUUGGACCGCGUGAUUGUGCUGGAUUACGUGGUUCCACCACCGCAAUCUGCUAGCCUUUGAUGAUCACUCUAGCUAAGGUUGUAUGGGCUUCAUGUUCUCACUUCUCACUUACAUGGAUUCGGUAGCUUUUCAAAUAACGCUUGAUUUUGGAUCAUGAUGUAACACACACAACUUCAAGUGUGAAAGACAUUAUGCUUAUUUUAUUUUUCUUAAUGUUCUUGCCUCACCUUGUGUUGUCUCGGCAUACUGAGCAAGGAAAUUUGGAAAUACCAAAAUGGGGCUUUUAUGAGUCUUUUGGCCAUUUUGUAGAUGAUGGGAUCCAAAUGAGGAACUUACGAGAAUAGGUUCAGGCAAAAUGUUUGAGUAGAAUACCUUUUCUUUCCCCCACAAAUUUGAUUCUCAUGCUGGUUCUUUAAGCUUCAGGACCUUUUCCCCUUUCCAGUAUUAAUCUAAGCAUUUGAGGCCUUUAUUGUAGUGUGCCACACAGCUUCAGGAGUGUGUUAUAUUUUGGCUGCACUGGCUCUUUCUCUUCUUUAUUCUACUUUUAUGGAUUAUAGGUCCAGAGGAUUUUCCAAUAUCAUAUUCAUGCAUGAAUGAUUCCCAAUCUUAUUCAUAGGAGGUCCUGUUGGUUGGGGAUAAGAAAGUAAACAAUGCCAUUUAAGGAAUCUGAACAAUGUCUUUAUUUAGGAAGAGAAGUUUAGACAUCUGUUCUCAAUAAAGAUUUGAUAGAAUCCUUCUUUUUCAGUUAUCUAGUAUAUUUCAUCCUAGUGCUUUGGUUCUCCAGGCUGGGCAAUUUGUCUGUAGGGCAGUAUGGCUUGUUGCUUUGCAUUUCAGUGUGGCUAUGGUCAUACUGUUUCCGAGAGCAAGGAUGAUCUUAUUCUGGUAAUUGCAACAAGCUAUGGAGAAUCAUUGCAUGGAAGAAUACAGGUACUUUCUUACUGAUUCUGGGGUCAAAACACUCUGGAGUUUUACUUGCUCCACCUUGCCUACCUUGGUAGACUAUCUGAAAUCUCCUUCUGCAAAAAGGGUGGGAUCGAAGUUCUUGUAUACAAGCAUGGCCUGUUUUGGAGAAGUCAUCUCCAUCCCCUCAUGCAGAAUCAUGUCCUGAUAUACAUUGUGUGGAUAGUAAUAUCAAUCUAUCCCUAACUGAAGUUGGGUUGAAUACCCUGUGUAUUCCAAGCAAAUGCCAGAAGAAGGACCAUUGAAAAGGUACUGUCCUCCAGAAACGGUUAGACUACAGGUAACUGAAGGUGUGAAGGUGACAGUGUUAUGGCAACUACAAUGGGGAACAGGGUUCCUUGAUUUGGAAGUGAUUUAAGUGGAGGAGGUAAUCAAUUGGAUUAUCUGUGGGACCAAUUAGAGAUACCAGACCCUCCUUGGGUGGUUCCACCUAUGCCUUUGCACUGCCAUUGCUUUACCAUUAACAAAACUUGUUCUAGCAAAGAGGUGAGCAAAUAUAGAGAUAAGAGUAUGAUCAACAUUGGGUGGAAAUGAUUAUACCUCCUUUGGUAGAGCAAACAGUGAUGUGAUGAUAUAACACUGAUGAUUUGUCUCUUAUGAAGCCUGUGGCUGAAUGGCAUCAAUCGCUGGUAUUUCUUAUGCAUUGCUCCCUCAUUGUUUCAGGUGGUUUGCUUUUGGUGUCAUUCCAGCUGAAAUCCUCUAUAUGUUGGUUUGUCUUCCUAGUUGCAAGCAUCUGUACUGCUGCCCCCCUUCCCCCCAGUUCUCUUGACAUUUGAUCAUUUCACACUUGACAAAAGCUAAUGUCGUCAAUAUCCCUUCCUUGGAGAAGGGUUAUCAACUGCCAACAGAGGAUUCCAGAGUCAUGGUGACUUGGGAGGUGGCAGCUUGUUGUGAGCAGCUGUCUUCAAUGUUAUUUGGUGGGAAGGGUUGUAUUAUCAGCAGGGAUCAUUCUGGCAGAGUCAAUUUGUCACUUGAUUCCCUCCCCCCCACCCCCCGACCCUGAUACAUGGAUUUGAGAGAAGGGUUUUGCUAGACGGCUGUUGAUGGGCAUGUGGGUGAAGGGGGCUCAACCAGUUCUUGAAGGGGGACAAUCUGAUGUACGAUAAGGGUUGCUGGGAUGAGGGUAUAUUAGGUUACGAGCCUGUUGUUUUGAAUUGUCUUUUUCCUUUUCUUUUCUUUUUCUGUGCCAAGUUUCCUGGCUUUGUGGGAUCUUGUCCUGUAAACUUUUUAGCCAUUGGGCCUUGAUCUGGUCCUUUGGAUCAUUUUCUGAUAUUUAAUCCGCCUUAUUCCCCCA